AUGGGCGUAGGAAUUUCAGUCUUAAUAGCCCUAAAAGCCACAACACUCUUACUCCUCUUCGCAUACCUGAAAAACCUAGGCUUCUCAAUUCUCUCUCUUCCCUUUCUCUACUCUUCCUUAAUCUCCUUCCUCGUCUCACUCGCUUCACAUCCAUCCAUCGAUCUUCCGCUGCUCCUCGGCAAAACCUCCGACGGAACAUUCCCAAUUUCCUCCCUAAUCAUCUUCAGUCCUUACCUCUACUUCGUUAGACUCUUCUCCGCUGUUCGCAGACGCUGGAGCGGUGAACCGCCUUAUACGGAGGUUUCUGAUGGACUUUAUGUUGGUGGUUGGCCUUCUUCUCCGGAGAAGUUGCCGCCCGGGGAUCCUGCUGUUGUUGAUUGUACCUGUGAGUUUCCGAGGUUGAAGGGGCUUACGGGUGGCUUGCCGUAUAGGUGUCUUCCUACUUGGGAUACCAGGUCUCCGAGGCCGGCUGAUAUUGAAUUGGCUGUUAAAUGGGCGUGUCGGAAAAGGGAUCUUAAUAGGCCUGUUUUUGUUCAUUGUGCUUAUGGUCAUGGAAGAAGUGUUGCUGUUAUGUGUGCACUGUUAGUAGCACUAGGUAUCACAGAGGAUUGGAAGACUGCUGAAAAGCUGAUAAAGCAAAAACGGCCUUACAUUCGCAUGAAUGCCCUCCAUCGCAAGGCACUCGAAGAAUGGUCCACAGACAGACUGUCUGUGCCAAAAAGUAAAAGAUAUGGGGGUGGAUUAGUAGACUAA